AUGCAACGCAUGCGAUGUACUGUAUAUGGAAAGUCUUGCAUCUAUGAGGAUCUCCCCAGACGCGCUAGGCCGUCUCGCUCCCGUAUAGCACAACUCGAAGAAGAAAAUGACCGAUUAAAACGGUCUUUAGUAGCGAGCCUACAAUCUCAUAAGGACAUGGGAAAUGCACAUUCUCUUCCGGCAGAACUGCCUGAAGCAUAUCCUUCUCAUGGCCACCAUGCAUCCUUUGAGAGACAUGUAGUGACGAACAAGCCACAAAACCUGUUCCAAGUGUCAACUUCCUCAGCUCAUCCACCACCUUGUUUAGAUGACAAUGAAGGUGCAACUCCUUCCGUGAAUUAUGCACCGCCUGACGCUGUAGAAUCAAGGUUCGUGAUGUCAGCCGAGGCAGAACCGAGAUAUCAUGGUCCCACUAGCACACUCUUUGAAGAUGGCACUGGAGAUCGCAGGGUCCAACAAAGCAUAUCUUCUUUACCCAGAAUUUCAACUGUAUGGGUGCAGAAAGGCGUCAUGGCAGAAGCGGCAUGUCAACGUCAUUUGGAGAUGAUUAACUUGCGGGAAAACAUAAUUGAUUUUGAUGGCGUGGAUCCUGACCUCGGGAUGCAUUUCAUAAACCUACACUGGAAUCGCCAACAUCACGCUUUCCUUAUAACCUACCGUCCUGCAUUCAUGCGGGACAUGGCAUGUAAGGGUCCGUAUUUCUCUAAACUCCUUCUGAAUGCUAUAUACUUUGGUGCAUCAAAGUUCAGUUCCCGUCUGGAGGUUCGCCAUGAUCUUAACGAUGUCCGCACUGCUGGUUGGCUGUAUCAAGAACGAGUCAUACUCGGAGGAGCUCUUGACCGCAGCGAUAUAACCACAUUUCAAGCUCUCUUAGUAAUAGUAAGCUCUUUGUUUGCAUUGGGCGAUGAAAGAAGUGCCGCGUGGUUAUACGCCGGCACUGCUUUUCGCAUGAUUAUUGAUCUGGGAAAUGCAUGUCGAUGA